CGGUCAGUUUUGGAAGUGCUCAUCACAACUAAAACAAUGCAUUCCAUCGCGUUUCGCUUAGUGGCAGAGGAAGAGGAAGGACGGUUGAUGGCGCAGAGGGUCGAACGACGAAAAUUGCGUGAUACCAUAAAUCCCUUCGAGUUGCCGCAAUCUUUAUUUGAAAAGUAUUACCGCCUUAACAAGCCGGGAUUCCAAUAUUUGUUGGACGUAUUGACAGCAAAUACGGAGGCACCAAAGAAGGCUUUUGCGAUAUCUCCCAUCGCAAAACUGAGCGCGUGUUUAAGAUUUUUGGCUGAAGGUGGGUACCAGACGGGUGUGGGUAAAGACUGCGACGUCUCAAACAAAGAAAGUUGUAUGUGA